AUAUCAUUGUUUCUUUAAUGAUCGCUGCAGAUUGAACGCGAUUUAUUUCGCAAUUCUAGUCGAAUUGUCAGUGAUGUCGUUGUCAUUCGGCGGCCUGCUCAAAGCUGAGAAUCACAAGUUACCGUAUCGAAUGUGGUUACCCUACAAUUAUACCUCCUCAUCUGCAUACAUUUUCAUUUACACGCAACAAGUUAUAAGUCUGAUCAUUGGUGCUAUGAUACACAUCGCUUGCGACAGCUUCAUCUGGGCCUUGUUGAUGUACAUCUGCAGCCAGAUCGAGAUUUUCAAUUGUCGGUUAAAAAAGAUCAAGCACGAAAAGAAUAAAGUUACGAAACUGUGCAUACAUUAUCAUAAUCUUAUAUAUCGCCUUAACUGGGCCAAAAUACAAAAACUCGUCGCACAGUUAAGGGAUAGAGCAAUUAGAAAAUUACUUUUAAUUCGUGUGCAAACGAUUUCCAGAUUGGCUACAACGAUAAACGAACAGUUUAAAAUGGUGAUUUUCGUUCAAUUCACAAUGAGUACGUUAACGAUAUGCAUUAAUCUUUAUAUAUUAACGGGAACACAGAUUACGUUCGAGAGGAUUAUGCAAUUAACGAUAUACAGUAUCUGUAUAUUAAUACAAAUAUAUAUUUUCUGCUGGUACGGGAACGAGGUUAAGCUUAAGAGCCUCGAUAUUUCCAACAUGAUUUUCGAACUUGACUGGCCGGAUCUCGAUAAUUCCACUAAACGAGACUUGUUGAUGAUCAUGAUGCGUGCAUCGUAUCCUAUCGAAAUAACUAGCAUUCAUGUGAUUACCAUGAAUCUCGAUUCAUUUGUGAUCCUGUUAAAAACUUCAUAUUCAGCGUACAAUCUGCUCCAAGGUAACAGAGAAUAACGGCGGAUGUUCCUCCACUGUGCUUUUGACCACUUUUGUAGGAUGAAACGUGAUUUACGACGAAGAGGAGUAAAAUAACUCGUUCG